CCAAAUCUGCAUAGUUGGCGCCCUCGUGUGGGCGCUACCCUGGCGCUAUGACACAAAUACCAGACGCGUCCUCCGUCAUAGUCCCGCCGUACACAAAAUAUGGUCCGCCGUCUGGUUUAUUUUCGCCAUUCAAAACUCGGUCCUUCUCAUCUAUCAGUUUUACUCCUUCUUUGCCCGGGUCCAAUUAGACAACGGGAGUUACCGCCCGGUUUUUAUGAACUCCUUCUGCGUCUUUUGGUACCUCUACUCCAUCUCGUUGAACACGUUGAUGUUCACGUAUCGAGAAAAGUUUCGGAAUUAUAUAAACACUUUGCUGGCCUUUAAUGAGGAGUGUGUGGAUCGCUACGUGAUACACCUCGACGAUUUGGAAGAUCAUGGCAAUGCUGUUUUAAAAGUUUGCAUUCCCGCCAACUUUAUUCAACUCUUGCUGUCCUGCACUCUCUAUUUAUUCAUGCCGUUUCAACCCUGGUAUUUAACGAGUUACGUAUACGAGCCAGGCAAUCCGCAGUGGUGGCUACUUCUGGGUGCGUUACAAGAAUGGAUCAUGGCUGGUCAAACGAUUGCAGUAUUUUGUCUCCUCGCCUGGAUGUCUGUCGCGCAUGGAAAUAGCGUCGAGUUCUGGUUAAUGGAGGCGCAUCAAAACAACGACACGGGCUACACGACUGGCCACCUUCGCCAGGCUCACAGUGUCAUCGAAAUGUACAGAUCUCUUCAAGUAUUGACCGGCCUCCUGAAUGAGUGCAUUGCUCCCACAGCAUUCCCAAUUAUGAAGGUCGUCAACUGGACAGCCCUGAUUUCCUGUGGCUACGUCCUAAUUCGUUCCAUGAAUAACAAGUUUAUCGAAGAGUUUCCCGCCAUUUUGACGUACCCUUUUGGCGUGGUGAUCUGCGUCUGCUGCAGUUACGGCAUGUUACAAAUCUCCGCGGAAAUGUUUGACAUGGCGACCUCCUUCCUCAACUCGUGGUCGCAGACGAAGCAUAAAAAUCUGCGCAGAAUUAUGACCUCCUGCGCCACGCUGCGAAUUAACGUGGGCCGCUUCUACUUCGUCACGGUGAACACGACGGUGACCUAUUUUCAGAAGACGUUCGACUACAUUAUUGAUUGUAUCAUUACCUUCCCGUAAUUUCCCACCAAAUUCAUUAUACCUGCUCAAGAAAAAUGAUUUACUCAAAAUUCAUUCAGUUCAAAAAUUCCAAGAGAAGUCAUUCAUUCAUUAUUCAAUUAAGCAAAAGUUUAAAAUAACAAGUUUUCAUUAAUCAUUUUGUAUUCAUUUUUAUUCCAAAAUCACCUAAUUACUUAAUGGAGUUCUUAAUGUACCCCAUGUAUGUACAUAUUUAGGCAUAGCGCAAAACAUUUAUGCUUAA